AUGACCUCCCGCCUACCCUUCCUCCAAACCUCGAGCCUCCCCUCCCUCUCGGAGCAAGAUGCCGCCGACACGCAAUCCCCCGCGCGCGGCAAAGCGAUGCGCGCCAACCUUCUGCAAAAACUGCGUCCACCACCUCUAGUCCACGCCUGGGACUUCUGGCACGACCGCCAAGACCGCAAGAAAUCCGGCGCGGAAACCGACCCAGACGCCAGCAGUUACGAAGACCGCCUGGUCAAACUCGCCACAGUGACCGACGUGCGCGAGUUCUGGGAGGUGCUCAACAAUUUCGAUGUUACGGCGCUGCCGCUCCGAGACUCGAUACACCUGUUUCACAAGGGUAUUAAGCCGGUGUGGGAGGAUCCGAGGAAUGUGAGGGGAGGGGCUUGGACGUUUCGCGUGCCAAAGGAGAAGGCGGCCGAGUUUUGGAAGGAGAUUUGCAUGAUGGCUAUUGGGGAGCAGCUCCAAGAAGCUGUUAAAAGCAAGAGGACUACUUUCAUCGACGAUAUCUGCGGUAUCUCGCUGUCCGUCCGCUUCACGUCCAUGCUCGUCACCAUUUGGAACCGCGAUGCCGAACACAAGACUGGCAUCGACAACAUCUUGCAGACAGUGUUGGAGCGAUUGCCGCCUGACCUCGUGCUGAAGGACUCUGCUUACUACUACAAGCGGCACUCAGAGCACGCUGGGUUCAAGGCGCCGGGUGCGGAGGUUGUGGGUGGAGGUGCCGAGGGAGAUGAAGGUGGUGAUGCGGCGUGA